UAUGUGUUAUUGAUCUAAAGCUACCUGAGAUCAACAGUGGAUAACAACAGAAGCAGAACUUGAUGGUUUCUUGUGACCUCCAUCUGUCACCUUUACCCUGCUGGUUCUUAUCAGCAGCCAGGUUGCAGCCAUGGCAACGCCACCGGCGCGCUGUUAUCCUAAAGUGGUGUGAAUGGAAAGCAGAGGGCUGUUGCUGCUUUGAACUCUACACUCCUUCCUCCGCGCUGCCGCCCAGUCUCGCCUGGCCCAAGGUACGGGAGUGUGUAUCUGUCUUUUGUCUGCCUGUGAUGGACGAGGCGGAGGACGGCGAGGAGGAGCCCAAAUUCCAGCAGCCUCAACCAACUCAAGUAACCAGCUUGACCGGAUGCGAGGAUGGCAGCAGCGCAGUAACCAAGAUGAAGAAAUUUACGCCAGGAGGCGGAGCCGCGUCCAUUGCGCGCAAAAACUCCAACAACAAUGAGCUCUGGCUCCUGCGAGACGAGGACUCCGCAUCUUUUACUGGCUCUGCUCUGUUAUGCCAGAGGGAUGGUGCCGGCGGCCGAGGCGGCUCAGAGUCAGACCACAGGAGUGGAGGGGUCACACACUCAGAGGCAUGCGUGAUAGGAGAGGGAGCCAUCGGUAUGAUAUGCAACAAAAACGGGGAUUGUAGAAGGGACCCGACCAGUUCAGGGAGCCUCUCCUCUCUUAUAUCAAGACAGGAAAAGCAGACAGAUGGAAUAGUAGCAGCUGAAGACGGCAAGGGGCAGGCUGCAAGCAUGGAUGGCUCUAUCACUUCAGCGGGGUCCCUGACACAGGGGCCCGGAGCCGAGGUCAAGUCAGCGGCGGCGACGGAGAAAAAGGACUCCAGAGUUUCCUUCUCCAAUGCCCCAACGAGUAAAGGGCAGACCCCAAGUCUGCACUCGAGAAAUUCUGUCACAUUCACCAAAGCGGAGGAUGGCCCGCAGAUUGUGCCGGAUGAUGGAGACUCCAGGGGGAAUCAGACGUACAUGCAGCGGCAGUUUAGUUCCAUGCUUCAGCCUGGAGUUAACAAAUUCUCCCUGCGCAUGUUUGGCAGCCAGAAGGCAGUGGAGAAAGAGCAAGAGCGCGUAAAGUCAGCGGGUAAUUGGAUUAUCCACCCAUACAGCGACUUCAGGUUCUACUGGGACUUCACCAUGCUCAUGUUCAUGGUGGGCAACUUGAUCAUCAUUCCCGUGGGCAUCACCUUCUUUAAGGACGAGACCACCACGCCCUGGAUCAUCUUCAACGUGGUCUCUGACACCUUCUUCCUCAUAGACCUGGUGCUCAACUUCAGGACGGGCAUCGUGUUCGAGGACAACACCGAGAUCAUCCUUGACCCCAAGAAGAUUAAGAAGAAGUAUUUGAAGAGCUGGUUUGUGGUGGACUUCGUCUCCUCCAUACCUGUGGAUUAUAUCUUCCUCAUCGUGGAGAAAGGGAUCGACUCGGAGGUGUACAAGACGGCACGGGCGCUCCGCAUCGUCCGCUUCACUAAGAUCCUCAGUCUGCUGCGCCUCCUGAGGCUGUCCAGACUCAUCCGUUACAUCCACCAGUGGGAGGAGAUCUUCCACAUGACCUAUGACCUGGCCAGUGCUGUGAUGCGAAUAUUCAACCUGAUUGGUAUGAUGCUGCUGUUGUGUCACUGGGACGGCUGUCUGCAGUUCCUGGUCCCCAUGCUCCAGGACUUUCCGUCUGACUGCUGGGUCUCCCUCAACAAGAUGGUGAAUGACACAUGGAGCGAGCUCUACUCCUUUGCCCUCUUUAAGGCCAUGAGCCACAUGCUGUGCAUAGGGUAUGGAAGACAAGCCCCCGAGAGCAUGUCAGACAUCUGGUUGACCAUGCUCAGUAUGAUCGUAGGAGCUACCUGCUACGCCAUGUUCAUCGGCCAUGCAACCGCACUCAUCCAGUCUCUGGACUCAUCCAGACGGCAAUACCAGGAAAAGUACAAACAAGUGGAGCAGUAUAUGUCGUUCCACAAACUACCGGCUGACUUCCGACAGAAAAUCCAUGACUACUACGAGCACAGAUACCAAGGCAAGAUGUUUGAUGAAGAGAGCAUCCUUGAGGAGCUUAAUGAGCCUCUGCGUGAGGAAAUUGUCAACUUCAACUGCCGUAAACUGGUGGCCUCCAUGCCACUGUUUGCCAACGCCGAUCCCAACUUUGUGACAGCUAUGUUGACCAAACUGAGAUUUGAAGUCUUCCAGCCUGGGGACUACAUCAUUAGAGAGGGCACCAUUGGCAAGAAGAUGUACUUCAUCCAGCAUGGUGUGGUCAGCGUCCUGACCAAAGGAAGUAUAGGCAUGAAGCUGAUGGAUGGCUCUUACUUUGGAGAGAUCUGUCUGCUGACCCGUGGCAGACGGACGGCCAGUGUGCGAGCGGACACCUACUGCCGCCUCUACUCUCUCUCUGUGGACAAUUUCAAUGAGGUGCUGGAGGAGUACCCCAUGAUGAGGAGGGCCUUUGAGACAGUGGCCAUUGACAGGUUGGACAGGAUAGGCAAGAAGAACUCAAUCCUGAUGCACAAAGUUCAACAUGAUCUGAACUCGGGUGUUUUCAACAACCGGGAGAAUGAGAUGAUCCAGGAGAUAGUUAAAUAUGAUCGGGAGAUGGUUCAACAGGUGGAUGUACCACGGCCGCGGGCCAUGUCCAUGACACCCCCUCUACACGGUGGGAUUUUUACUCCUUCAGGUUCCUCUGCCCAGCCCCAGAAUUCAGCUAUUGCCACCCUGCAGCAGGCUGUAGCCAUGAACUUUUGUGCCCCCAUGCAAGGGAACUCAGUAGGAGCAGGGAACCUGCAGUCCCCCAGGAUGGUGAGGAGAUUCCAGGUAAUGCAAAAUGUAUCCAGCCCUGUCUCAGCCUCUCCACUGCAGUCUCAGCUCCUUGUUUCUGGUGCCUUUGCUCCGGUCCUGUCCAGCCCCCCUGUCCAGAGCCCACUUGCAAUUGGAGGACGAUCAUUCCAGUAUGGAUCCAGUGCCCUGGCUGGUCCCACCUCAGGCUCCCAGCUUUCUCUAAUCCAGCAGCACAUAGCCAGCCCUGCACACCGGCCCAGCACACAUAAGAGCACCCAUUCCUUGCAAAUGGGGAGUCUGAGCCAAGACGCCAGGGCACUGUCAGCCUCUCAGCCCUCACUGCCUCACGAGGGGUUGCAACCAGGAGCCCCUAGUUCGCCCCAGUCACAACAAGUCUCCUCCACUUCCAUUGGACCCCCCCAGACCCCAUCAGGUCACACAGGUGUCCGUAGCGCUAUACCACACAGGGUGGUAUUACCCCACCAGAUGUCUGUGGGAGCCUUCCCUGUAGCAUCCCUGCCCAGUUCUGUGCAGGGACUGGGGGCUAGUGCAGGGGUUGCAGUAGGGGGUGUGGGAACAGGUCCAGGGGACUCGGGAUUACCCAAGAAAGACUCCAUAGUGAGCCUUCCUGAGACAGACCACAUCAAAGUCAGAUCCAGGCUAUCCUCAAACUUGUGAUCUUAAUUAAACUCUUCCGGAGGAGUGAAUCAAUGAGGGGCUUGACUGCAGGAACAUGGGGGGAUUUCUGUUCUCCCUCUUACAGUUCUUCAAUUCUCUCUACCCACUUCAGUUUGACUAUCCGAAUGUAUGAGUGAUUAGCAGCAGGGAAAAUCUGAGGGGAGACUGUUUUAACAUAACAAAGUCUGUAUGGUGACUUUUGAAUCUCCACCAUUGAGAUGUUUCUACUCACAGACAUAGUAGAUGCACAGAACAGUAGUGGUAAAGUAGCAUCUUCCCAUCCUCCUUUAUUUACUGUAUUUCACAACAUAGUCAACAAUAUAUGGGCGUAUCUGCUUCACUAUCCUCUCAUUCACCUCAUUUAAAGCAAACAUUGGGUCGGAUGGGACUAAAAGAAAAUCAGGGACCUGCUUCAGAUAUCAGAAGUUGGCACUUUAAUGGGGUUUAACUACUGUAUCUACCACAUUUUGUCAUUAGACUGGCUGAUCUCUUCACAAAGGCAUAGUAAUUGUGGUUUUGUAAAAAGUCAUAAAAACACUAAAAUGCUGUGUUUUUAUUGUGUUUUUCUUGUGUUUCGUAAGUAUCCCUUCAAACAAAUCUACAGAUCAAAUGAGUAUAAGCACAAAUUUGGAUUAUAUUAAAUAAGUAUAAUAUAAUAUUUUAAGCCAUAUUUCCCCCAGACUAUUGAUAUGGAUGGAUGAAUGAGUAUAUUUAUAAAUCAAAAUAGCAUUUUCAUAAUCUGGUUAGCCUCUUUUGCAAGUCUUCCCUGCCUCUGAUAGUCUUCAUAGAUAAAUAUGUGAGUCCCUAGGAUUUUCAGAUCACUGACAAUGAAUAUCUAUAAUACUGAAAUUACAGCUGUGGGACAAAUUGUCUUGUUGCAGCCACGACAUCGAUUUCUGCAGGAAAUGUCUGCAUGUUUGUUCAAUUUAAAGCUGCAUUAAUCAAUAUUUUUUAUAUUAACAGUGAAUCAAAUGACCAAGUAUAAUGUGAAGACUGUUGCUCGUAGUGAUGAACUUGCAGAGAACGGACACUC